AUCCAAAUAAGUUCAUGAAACCAGAACACACAUCGCACGGCUAUUCUUUCUUCGAAUUCUCCCCUCAAGUGCGAGAUGCACAGAUAAUAGAAGCUCGUUUACAUGUUUAUAUUAGACAGCAAGAAGCAGUACAGACCACCGCAACCUGGUUACACAUUUAUGAGCUUGGACCACCAGGGAAACACCACUACAACAAAAUUGCUUGUAGCAGAAAAAUAGAACUAAGUUCCAGAAAGGGUCACUGGGAACAGUUUGACAUCCAACGUGUCGUGUUCGGGUGGUUUCAUGACCAUGAAAGCAACUGGGGAUUAGAUAUUGAUGCAACGGACCAUGAAGGCAACUCAGUGGUUGUCACAAGUUCCGAUUGGGGUUCCGAAGACCAUCAACGCAUGCCCUAUCUGGAACUACGCACUCGUCAACACAACUUGAGACAUAAAAGAUCACCAGAACUAAACUGUGAUGAGAAAUCGGAAGAGGAACGGUGUUGCCGAUAUCCACUAGUUGUUGACUUUGUGGAACUCACCUGGGAUUGGAUAAUCGCACCCAAGACCUAUUCCGCUUACUACUGCGCAGGGGAGUGUCCCAAUGUUUACAAUCUUCAAAAUGCCCACAGCUAUUUCGUUGAAAGGGCUAACCCACGAGGACACGCAGGACGAUGCUGUACUGGUUCAGAAAUGUCCCCAAUUUCGAUGAUCUACUUUAUAGACGAAAAAAGCAUAAUGUUUGGUGUAGUGCCAGAUAUGGUAACAAUCAAAUGUGAAUGUUCUUAAAUUAACAAUGAUUCAACGAGUGCUGCAUCGGAAGUUGAACUGCUUGCCUUGACAACAAAAACACUGUUGUGCCUUGAAGCUGUACAUUAUUUAUAUCCCUUGCGUUUCCAGGGCGGAUAGCUGUCACACUCCCAAGGGUGUAAAAACAAACAAUUUACACGCGAAAGAAAUAUAUUAACGCGACAUUUACUGAGAAUAAAUAUUUGAAUAUCAGAGUACUUGGAUUUUGGCCUGCCGUCGUGGAAUUCAAGAGAAGUGAGAAGAAAGAAAGCGAUAAAAAACAGAUUAGAGUAAUAUGGUUAUCCGUGACGCGAUUGUAUAAACUGUAAUAUGGCUGUCCCAUUCUUAGUGUUAUAUUAGACAGAAAUAGUGGACCAGGAAUGGAUCAGUGACAAAUAAAUAUAAUAACACGUGUGGAAUGCCGGACACUUCCACAUAACCUUUCUCCUUAGUGCCUCAGAUUAAAACCCUUCCCUUUUACUUCCUUAAGGUAGCGAAGAAGAACUUAGUUUUUUUUCAAUUCAUUUUGUAAACACAGAUGCUGCAUAAUGCAUCAUCAUACUUAAUGAAAACACAGAUUGCUUUGUGCAAGGAGUGGAUCUGUGUAAUUGGUUGUUAUGCAAUUGUAUAGUUAGUAUACCUACUGUGGAACUUGCUUGUCAUUGGAUAAUCCCAGUUGACAUAUUUACAUAACAAUGGGUGAUUGCUUGGAAAUUAGGUGAAUAGACUUAUCUAUUGUUAUUUCUUUUAGGAAAUCACAAUUUGAAAAAAUGUAUAUAAGAUUGUUUUUUUUUGUUUCUGCAAGGUCUUAAUCACUCACUUAGAUUGACCAAACUUUUGCUAACUUAUAUAAUAAUGCUCUAUGAAAUAGAUGAUUCUACUAUUUACAUGUGUGUAUAUCGACGGAUAAUGCCAGUAUGAAUAUGAGUAUUUUCAACAAAAUGCGUAUACGUAUCUAUGUACUUAUUUGUAGCUACUGUAUGUAUCGUUCAUAUCAAGAGUAGAUAUCCAUUUAAUGUCACCGAUCAAACAGGAAUGUGAAUGUUGAUACACGUUUGCUAAUAAAAGCAUGGUUAAGAACCCGAUAUCGACCAGAUGUUCUAAUGUAACAAUAAUAUGCCUCUCUACUCAGAAUCACAACGUGCCAACAAAUAAUUUAUGACAAACAAAUGUUGACCAUGCAUAGACUCUACUGCAUAGGGCUUACAGGAUAUGUUGCUAAGCAUAUCAAAUAGCAGAGUAGUUCAGCUAUGAAAUUCAACAUGCUGUCAAAUUCUAAAGAAUGUAUAAAUGUAUGAUUUGGAAAAGAUAUAA